CCGUUUUGGCUUCAUGACAUGGCACAGUCUUGGUGCAAUUACGUGAUGGGCUGUCAAAGGGAGGUUCCUGCCAUCUGAAGGUCGCAUUCCCAGAACGCUUGUGGGGCCCAUGUUGUCUCGUCUUUCUUUUGCCGGAGACUAUAGUGCGUCCCUUGAUGCCAUGGGAUUCGGUCCGGAAUUACAGGAAAUCAAGGCCGUUGACCAACAUGUGUCGGAAGGGAUCCAUUUUGUGUCAGAAGUCCGGGAAUUCAUGCGCGAGCGAGCGGAACUGGAAGCCGAUUUUGCUCGGCGACUUGAGGCCCUAGCGAAAAAGUACGCUCACCGGAAGGAUAAACUAGAAAGGGACAGGGAGAAGCGUGCAAGCUUGAUUUCAACGGCUAUACCAAGUAACCCAGGUAGCCCGACCAAGGACAGGUUCGCCGCGGGCAACGAAAACAAGGAGAUGGCGAGUCGGGACGAGGUAUCCACGCGUGUAGUCAGUACUACGCAGAAAGCGUGGGCUGAGAUCCUACACGAAACGGAAGUGUUGGCAAAGGCACAUAUGACGUUACAUGACGCGCUCCACGCAGACAUAGCUGACAAGUUAAAGGCACUUGCUACGAAGAAAGAGGAGGCCAGAAAGAAGCACAUAGCAUUCUCUAUGCGGCUUUUGGCGGAGCGAGAUAGACUUGUCACCGAAAAAGACAAGGCAAAAGCAAAGUAUGAUGCAGCGAGUGAAGCGGUGGAAGUUGCGAAAAAUAAGCAUAAUCGUGCUCCUGACGAUAAAACAGCCGAAAAGUUAAAGAAACGAUGGCACGAGGAGAUUGUGGAUUUAAAUAACACGAAGAAUCUAUAUGUUCUUGCUCUCGCUGCGGCCAACGCUUGUAAGCAUAAAUACUACGAGGAGGACAUUCCAAAACUGCUAAUGUGCAUAAAAGAUCUCGACAUAUCUACAACCUGGGGAUUGAAGUCUAUAUGGCAGGAUUAUCGCACGAGUAGAUCAGCUGUAAUGGACGUAGUAAUCAGGUCAUUAGGAAUUGUACGCGCAGCUGUGGAUAGUAUAGAUCCUCAGGGGGAUGCAGAUACUUUCGUUCAGUCUCGAGGAAAUUGGGAUUCUGUGCCAGGGAGUAACGCACCUGACUUCCCCUUCCUGCCUUCUGGGCUUUGGAAGGACAAUGGCGAACUGGCGCAGGAUGACUAUGCUCACGUAUUUUUACGCAAUACGUUGCGAAAACUUCAAAAGCGAGUUGACCAAAUAGAUACUGAAAUAAAGUCUAAAAACCGGACGUUGGACGGAACGAAGAAUCUGUUUGACGCUUAUACCAAGGAUCGAAAGCAAGGGGACCCGGACGAUGUUAAGGAGAGCAUGUUAGACGAGUCUCGCGACAUCAUGGUCUUGAAAACAGCAAGAUGCAAAUAUCAAACCCAGAUCGAUGCAAUAAUGCAGUGCAUCGGUGUAGAAGAGUCGCCGAAUGCUCGUUUCCAUAACCUGAAAGGUGCGAAUUUUUCUAUUCCCACCACGUGCGAUUACUGUCAUGGAACAAUUUGGGGAGUUGCAAAACCAGGGCUUACGUGCAGUGAUUGUGGAUACAGCGCCCAUUUGAAAUGCGAACUUAAGAUUCCCCCAGAGUGUCCGGGAGCCAAAGGCGCUCGACGACCAGCAUCUAUGGUGUCACAAAGAACAUCCGUUACCUCAAUUGGAUCUGUAUUAUCAGCAUCUGGCUCAAACUGGUUUGUCGGCGCCUCGGCGUAUGUGCUCUAUGAUUACUCUCCAGCUGCUUCAGCGUUUGACGAGAUAGCAGUGACGGAGGGCUCGGUAGUUAGAAUAAUUGAGCCGGACGACGGGAGUGGCUGGACCCUCGUAAGCUAUCAAACUGACGGGGAAUCACGCAAAGGACUAGUCCCAACUUCAUAUAUUGAGCUCGCGAGCCCUGCCCUCGCUGCCGAAAGUAUGCUCUCAGAGAGAAAUCGAACACCAUCACCAACGAAGAUAUCCAGGAUACAGACUACUGUGGCCUACGAUUAUACGAAAGGUGGCGAUGACGAAUUGACGGUCAAAGCUGGGCAAGUUGUCUGGAUCACUGAAGGAGAUGAUGGUUCUGGUUGGGUAACUGUCAAUGACGGCACUUUAGAAGGUUUGGUGCCAGCCUCUUAUCUGGAACCUGUUCAAUAA